UGGUGCGCUGUGUCCCUCGGACACAGCGGAUCACCGAUCAACAGAAAGAGCCAAAGAUGUCGGCUCAGUCAUGUGAUCAGCUGUGUCCAAUCACAGCUGAUCACAUCAGUGCCACCUGUCAGUGUCCAUCAGUGCCUCAUCAAUGCCACAUAUCAGUGCCUACCAGUGCACAUCAAUGCCACAUAUCAGUGCCCAUCUGAGCUGCCUUUCAGUGCCACCUAUCAAUGCCAGUCAGUGCCACCUAUCAGUGCUGUCAAUCAGUACCAACUAUCAGUGCCAAUCAGUGCCGCCUAUCAGUGUCUGUCAGUGCCACCUAUCAGUGCGCGUCAGUGCUGCCUAUCAGUGCCCGUCAGUGCUGCCUAUCAGUGCCGCCUAACAGUGCCAGUCAGCACCGCCUAUCAGUGCCAUAUAUGAGUUUUGCCUUUCAGUGCCCAUCAGUGAUGCCUAUCAAUGCCCAUCAGUG